ACGUUACCUGCCAGACGGAAGAAUCAGCCAUUUCGAGCGAGUUGUGCGCAGUCUUGUAUUUGUAACAUUAAGUGGACGUAUAGCAUUUUCUACGUCGUACAAAUCUUACAGAUUACCACGGUUAAAUCUUAGUAAAUUUAAAAUGGUCUCAGCCAUUGUUUAGCCGUUUUUUAGUAAUUGUUGCUAUCAAUCUGGCUGGGUGCGGUUGAGAAACGACAACACGGCAGAUUUAUAUGGAUAUUUCUAGCUACUUCAUUGAUCUUCAUCUUUUUUAAGAUCCAGAAAUUAUACAACUCUUCAAUCAACAUGGGCAUCGCGAAUUUGAUGUUUCUUCUUAUAUUAUUUGUGAACGGUGUGUUUGGUGUUGACACCGAUGCAGUGAAGACACUCGAAUUGAUGGAAGGAGAGCCUGUCAUUCUAGACACUUGUAUUACCAAACUUCAGAAAGAUGAUGUUGUAGAGUGGAAGUUUGGAUCUAAUGUUAUAGCUACGAUCAAGGCAAAUAAUCCCUUAUUGUAUGACACUGCGGAUGCAAGAUUCACAGACAAACUACAAAUAAAUGAUCAAACUGGGGAUCUCACCAUCAGAAACACCAGAACCACACACUCUGGGCUUUAUGAAGUUAAGAUCACCAAUAUCACCCACACAACACACAGAAGAUUUAGUGUUACUGUCCUUGAUCCGAUUCCUACAAAAGUUUCAGUAACGGAGGGAGAUUCUGCCAUUUUAAAGCCUAAUAUUGGUGAUAUAGACAUGUAUGAUGUAAUAGAUUGGAAGUUUGAAGACAGAAGCACUCCCAUAGCUCAAAUCAACAAACAAAAUGGUAAAAACCCCUCAUAUGAUGAAACUGAUGAGCAAUUCAGAGACAGACUGCACCUGGAUCAGACCGGAUUUCUGACCAUCACAAACACCAAAACCACAGACUCUGGACUUUAUAAACUACAGGUCAUAGGAACAAACAUAGCGAUCAAACACAGGAAGUUUCGCGUUACGGUCAACGAAUCGGGUCUGUCCACAGGCAGUAUCUUUCUGAUAUGUGUGUGUGUUAUUGGAUUGAUCUUGGCGGUGGUUGGGUUUUUCAUUUGCAAAAGACGACGAUCACAACAAGGCCAGUAUUAACUUUGCAUGCAUGGCCAGUAAUAACCAAAGUGGAGAUAAAGGGAAUGAGGUACAGGAUCGAUUAAAAAGCAGUUCAGAGCCUCUGUAACAAAGAAGAUGUGGAUGAAUCAACCUGUGUGCUGAAUUGUGAUAGAAAAUAGAAAAAUAGAGAAUAUGCUUACAUAUCUUGUACAUUCGCUGGAACAGUUUGCACUACAUGCUGAUCAAUGAUCUUAUUACUUUAUAGUACACUUUUUUUUUAAAGUAUACACAAUGUCAUACCAUUUAUUUUAAAGUAUAUAUGAUAUUGUACCUAUUAUUGAUACAUAUAUAAUCAUGGUGGUUGGUGGGACUGUUGACUGCAGCUUUAAAGGUUUUAGGUGGAUAUACUUUAGAUCACCUUGCAUCAGCAGGUGUCUUUUUUAAUUACGUUUUCCUUAAUGACUUGAUUUAAUGCUCUUUUUUUCAUGGUUUAGAGGGGAUUAUGAAAGGAGAUUGUGUGAUUAAAUGCUUUCUUCAGAAGUGCAGAAGACUUUAAAAAUAUAAGGGAUGUGCCUGUUUUUGUGGUAAUAAUGACCUUUUUUGUUAUAGAAACAAUGUGCCUCAUUUUUUUGUUCUAUAAUUGAUUUUAAGACUUAUAUUUUACUGUUACUCUGAUACUAUGUUUACAUGGAGACAGACUGGUGAAUAGUGAUUUGGGUGUUAAAUGUUUGUUGCACUUUUUGUUUGAAAAAUUGAGAUUUGUAAGUAAUAUGAAUGCCAAUGUUAUUGCACUUAUUGUAAAUCCACUGAAUUAGCUAUUUGUUUUUUCUUUGUUUUUUCUUUUUAUGUUGCUGCUAGGCUGUAACUGAAAAUCACAGUGUCUUGAUGCCUUUUUUGUAUAUUAGGAAAGAUUUGGAAUAAUAAAGAAGGAAAAUAUA